AUGCUCUCCGCCUCGCUCACCCCCCUUCUCCUGUCCGCCAUGGUCGCCCGCGCUGCCGCCGAAGAAGCCAAGAGCCCGUCCGCGAUCGCCGCCAUGAUGGAGGCCAUCAAGGAGAACAUCAACGUCUCCUACUGGCUUGGAUGGACCUGGCUUGCCUGCACUGCCGCCCUGAUGGUCUACCUCAUUGGCAUCACCUUCACCCGCUACGUGCGCGGCAUUGCCUGCUUGAACAACCCCCACCAGCGCUACUUUGCCGAGCCCAACUGGUGGUAUGCCCGCUUCAAGUGCUACCUGUUCGACGCGCCGCUGCUCCGCACCCGCCACCACCGUGAGUACAAGCUGUCGUCGGCCAUCAACAUCGGCACCCUGCCCAGCCGCCUCCAGACCAUCUACCUGGUUGGCUACUGCGGCAUGAACGUCGCCUUCUCCGUCAUCUUCAUUGACUGGAGCGACUCCGGCGCUGCUUCCGAGCUCCGCAACCGCACCGGUGUCCUGUGUGUCAUGAACAUGCUGCCGCUCUUCCUUCUUGCCGGCCGCAACAACCCGCUCAUCAAGAUCACUGGAAUCACCUUCGACACCUUCAACUUGGUCCACCGCUGGGUCGGCCGCAUUGUUAUCCUCCAGGCCGUUGCCCACACUCUUGCCUGGAUGAUCCCCAAGGUCCAGGCCGGUGGUUGGGCCGCCGUCGCCGGAGCCAUGGGCCACAGCCAAUUCAUCCUCUGGGGUACUAUUGGCACUUUGUGUUUCGUCGUCAUCAUGUUCCAGGCCGCUGGUCCCGUCCGCCACGCCUUCUACGAGGUCUUCCUCCACUUCCACGUCCUGCUCGCUGCCCUUGGUCUCGCUGGUGUCUGGAUCCACUGCCAGUCUGGUGAGCUCUACCAGUUCCCCAUCAUCAAGGCCGUCCUGGCUCUCUGGGUUUUCGAGCGCUUCGCCCGUCUCUUCUGGGUCAUCUUCCGCAACGUUGGAAACGGCGGUACCAAGGCCGAGAUCGAGUCCCUUCCCGGCGACUGCCUCCGCAUCAACCUCCAGAUUGCCCGUCCCUGGAAGUUCAAGACCGGUCAGCACGUCUACCUGUACAUGCCCUCGAUUGGCUGGUGGACCUCGCACCCCUUCUCCCUUUCGUGGAGUGAGGAGCAGGAGGCCUGGAGCGAGGAGAAGGGCAUGUCCCUUGAGCGCCUUGACCUUUCUGGCCUCGGCAAGACUACUAUGAGCCUGCUCGUCCGCCGUCGCACUGGCUUCACCGACGCCCUGUACAAGAAGGUCGAGCAGUGCCCCUCUGGCAAGCUUACCACGUCGGCUCUCGUCGAGGGUCCCUAUGGCCACCAGGACCUGUCCUCGUACGGCACUGUCAUGCUCUUCGCCGCCGGUAUUGGCAUCACUCACCAGGUCCCGCACGUCCGCCACCUCGUCGAGGCCUACGACAAGCGCACCGCCGCCGUUCGCCGCGUCACGCUCGUCUGGGUGAUCCAGUCGCCCGAGCACCUCGAGUGGAUCCGGCCGUGGAUGACGGAGAUCCUGUCGAUGCCCAACCGCCGCGACGUGCUCAAGAUCCUGCUGUUCGUCACGCGCCCUCGCUCGACCAAGGAGAUCCACUCUCCUUCGUCCAGCGUGCAGAUGUUCCCCGGCAAGCCCAACAUCCAGGCCCUUGUCGACCAGGAGAUGAUGGAGGGUGUCGGUGCCUGCGGCAUCAGUGUCUGCGGCACCGGCUCCCUCGCCGACGACGUCAGGCGCGCCGCUCGCAACCGCCAGACCAGGUGGAACGUCGACUUCUUCGAGGAGGCGUUCUCCUGGUAA